AUGUUCGUGGGUCCGUCAAAAGACCUGAUUGCCGUCGUGUGUGUUGUCGACAAGACACUUUUUAUGAACCUUAGAGCCCUGGGUGGUGAUGGUGUUCACUCCGAAGCUGCUGGGCAGACUCCGGAGACUCUUUCUGUCGGUGGUGCAGGAUUCCAACCUCGGUGGUAUAACCUUAAGGGUUUUGGGAAAUUUGGGGCUGGCGGCAUUCCACGACAUCCACCGUGA